CCGGCUUGUAUCCUGGACUUAAUGAAAGAAGUCGCGAGUAUGGAGUCACAAACAGAGCAAAGCGGGCUCUCUCGGGCAGAGAGAAAAGCUCUUGAAAAAGCUAAACUCAUUCAGAAGGAGACUCAAAGAAAUAAUUUUAAACUGGUGGCCAGGAUAUUAAAGAAACCCGAAUGUGAGCGAACCGAAGAGGAGUGUGCUUUACUUCAAGGGCAUGAAGACACCGUGCAAGAGCUGUGCAAACGCCAGGCUCGGAGAAACAUCCUGAAACGGAAACAGGAAGAGCUCUUUGAUAACGAGGAGGAUCUGAGGACCAAAGCGAGGCACCUGGCCGAAGCGUUGCGUCAGGCUCGCCAUGUUGUCGUUUACACAGGAGCCGGGAUCAGCACGGCCGCUUCCAUCCCGGAUUACCGCGGGCCUAACGGAGUGUGGACUCAGCUGCAGAAGGGGCGCGCUGUCAGGCACUCAGACCUCAGUGAAGCAGAACCGACUCUGACACACAUGUGUAUCCAGAUGUUGCACAAAGUCAAAAUGGUUCAACACGUGGUCUCUCAGAACUGUGACGGUCUUCAUUUGCGCAGCGGGCUUCCCCGACACGCCCUGUCUGAGCUGCAUGGGAACAUGUUCAUCGAGGUGUGUGUGUCGUGCUCUCCGGUUCGCGAGGUCAUCCGUCUGUUCGAUGUGACGGAGCGCACCGGGCUGCACAGGCACGCUACAGGCCGGCGGUGCUCUCACUGCAGAGGAGAGCUGAGGGACACCAUAGUGCACUUCGGUGAGAGGGGAACCCUGGAGCAGCCGUUAAACUGGAAGGGCGCGGCCGAGGCCGCAGAGAAGGCCGAUCUCAUCCUCUGUCUCGGCUCCAGUCUGAAGGUCCUGAAGAAGUACGCCUGCUUGUGGUGCAUGAAAAAAACGGCUGCUAAGAGACCCAAGCUGUACAUCGUCAACCUUCAGUGGACACCAAAAGAUGACUUGGCCACUCUGAAAAUAAAUGGAAAGUGUGAUGAUGUGAUGCGUAUCCUGAUGGAAGAGUUGGGAGUUGAAAUUCCGUCCUACAACAGAUCCGAGGAUCCCAUCUUCAGCUUAGCCACCCCUCUCAGACUGGAUGAAGAGGACAGCCACAGCCGUAAAAUUUUAGCGCCCCCUGCUGCCUCGGAGCAGUCCGAGUCCGAUUCGGCGAGUCAAGCUGAAGAGACGGGAGUACAGGGCGGCUGGUUCGGACGAGGUUACUCCAAAGCAAGGAAGAAAAGAAAAACUACAUAGUGAUGCGUAGUUUUGCUUCAGGAUAGAUUUAAAGAAACAUUCCAUCCACAAUCCAUAUUUUUACGAUUAUCCUGCCAGUCCAUAUGUAUUGGAUUAUUGUUAUUAUUAUUAUUACGAGACAGUCCGGUCAUUUGGAUGAGCAGUGCAGAUUUGCUCUCAUGAUUUGGACAAAGAGUGGGCUUUCUGUUUACUUGUUAGAGUCAUAAAACUGCCAAAAAAUGCAAUGAAGGAUGAUGUAAAAACUGACUUUUAUACUACAUCCAUAAGGUCUAUUUUCAUAUUCUCAUUACGGUAUUUAAUGGAAGGACAUUGUAUUUUGCUGAAUCUUUUUACAUUUUUUUUAUUUUUUAAAUUCACUUCAUUUCAAGGAAAGAAAGCAGAAACAAGCAUGCAUUCAGGUUAAAUAACUAAACCAGCCCAAACCUCACACUAAAGUAUGUUUUCUGCUGUAGAUAAUUUAAUGCUGUGUGGAAUGUUUCUUUAGGAUAUGAAUUGCAUUAGGACUGUGCCAGUUUUUUUCAGUAUUAGCCUUUUGCACCUUACGUUCAUUCUCUCAGGUAUCAAGCACAACUCGAUGUUUUCAGUUCUGCUUAGAAUCACUGUUGAAGCUAAACAAAGUCUAAUUCUGGCUCCUGUGUGAUGGAGGUUUACUUUGGUUUACUUGCUCCACCACAUCUAGUCUGUACAAGGUCAGAACAUUACCGAAAUCUGUAGGUCAAAUUUUUAUAGAAGUAGCUCGACUAUUUCUACACAUGAGGAGGAAGUCUGUUCAUGAAUAACGUACCGGACAUCCAAUAGGGUGCUUUCAUACUGUGGUGCUUUCAACCACAGUAGCUACAAGGUGGAGGGAACAUGGGCGAAAGUGAGCACUUCCAAAUUUCUUCCAAGCUUUCGUAAAAAAAUUUCAGAAGAGUAAAUAGUAAUUUAAGUAGUUACUUAGUAAGUAGUAAUUUUUUUUUUUUAAAUCCUCUUGACCAAUCAUGUCUAAAAUUGUAGGAGGCAAAUGAGGAUAAACUGGAUGGAUGGAUGAAGUGAUGGAUGCAAUGACAGAUUGAUGGAUGGAUGGAUAGAUGCAUGAAUAAAUGGAGUGAUGGAUGGAUGGACGAAGUUAUGGAUGAAUGGACAGAGUGAUGGAUGGAGUGAAAGAUGGAUGGAUAGAUGGAUGAAUGAAUGAAGUAAUGAAUGGAUGAUAGAUGGAUAAAUGGAUGGAUAGAUGGAUGAAUAAAUAGAGUGAUGUAGUGAUGGUUAGAUGUAGUAAUGGAUAGAGUAAUGAUGGAUGGAGUAAAAGAUGGAUGGAUGAAUAGAGAGUUGUAUGAAUGGAGUGACCUAAAGUACAAAAAGCUGCUUCUUUUGGAAGUAUGAAAGCACCCUUGCAGAUGGGUCAUAUGAUCUGCUGCCACCAGCAGCUUUGAGAAACAGUGAUGGAACUGAUUACAUUUCAGAACAUUUAUUUAUUUACAUUUUAUUAAAAACAAUUUUCAGAGCUUCGUUCUUCCUUCUCUAGUCUAUAUAAUGCAGUUAAUGGGCCAGAGAAACUUCUUAAUGACGUGCUGCUUCAUAAUUAACAAUCUGUAUAUACGACCUUUUCUUUGUGGAUGGACUUCUCGAACAUCUCGGAUUUAGCAGCGACUCCAUCGCUGCUCCUAACACCAUGUUUACAUGAGCUCACUGAAUGGCUUAGUCUUAAUUUACUGUGGAAGAGUACUGAUCCUCAGAGAAGUGAGAAUUACAUACAUUUGCCUUAAUGUAGCUAAGUAUGUUUGUUUUGAAUUUUCUUUUUAAGAUUAUUUUAAGGGUUUUUUUUUAUUUUGUAUUUUGGUGUUUGGUCUUGAAUUUGUACAGACAGAACCACUAUGAUGUUUAAUCUACUUGUAACUUGAACUUUUACGUGCAGUCAGAAUAUAA